AUGGCGAGUUUCAAGAUUUGGGCUCUUCAAGUCAUCACUGAGAAAGGAAGCCUCAAGCGCAUACGCAGUGAUCAUGGGGGAGAAUUUCAGAAUGAGGUCAUGACUAAGUUCUGCAAUGAACAAGGCAUAGCUCACCAAUUUUCAGCGCCUAGAACACCACAGAUGAAUGGAGUAGUGGAGCGAAAGAACAGAACACUUCAAGAAAUGGCGAGAGCAAUGAUCCAUGGAGGAAACAUUCCUGUGAAGUUUUGGGCUGAAGCAAUCAACACCGCAUGCUACAUCAUCAACCGUGUCUACAUGAGAAAGGCUUUACUCAAAACACCUUAUGAGUUGUGGAAAGGAAAAGACACCUAA